CCCCCGGCCCCCCCCGCCGCCGCCCGCGUUCCUAUGGACAGACGCACAGACACCUGCAGGAAAGACACUGCUGAUCCUGUAACAUGGAGGAUUGCCUUCAUACUUCAUCUGAGAAUCUGUCCAAAUUGGUCAGCUGGGCCCACAGCCAUGGGACCAUUUGCAGCCUCAUCCCAAACCUGAAACACUUGCUUUCGGAAGGUUCCCAUGGGAACCUCACAGCAAUGUGGGGCUGUAGUGCUGGCCAUGCUUAUCACUGGCCCCUGACAGCUACUUGCAGAGCUGGGUCCCAAGAGAGGGUCUGUUUCCAGGAUAACAGAAGUUUUAACUCUGAUAGUCCCAGUAUAAUUGGAGUACCAUCAGAGACACAAACUAGCCCUGUUGAAAGGUACCCUGGGAGACCAGUGAAAGCGAAGCUAGACUGUAAUCGGACCAGAGACUCUUGUGACUUCUCUUAUUGCAGUGAGCCCUCUGAACUGGAUGAAGCUGUUGAAGAAUAUGAAGAUGAAAACACCUUGUUUGACAUGGUUUGUGAGUCUUCUGUUACAGACGAGGAUAGUGACUUUGAACCCCAAACCCAAAGGCCUCAAAGCAUUGCUCGAAAAAGGCCUGGAAUAGUCCCAUCUUCUCUCCAUUCCAGCUCCCAGGCUCAAAUGGUUGAUGAAUGCAGCAAUGAUGUCAUCAUUAAGAAAAUCAAACAAGAAAUUCCCGAAGAUUAUUAUAUUGUGGCGAAUGCAGAGCUGACUGGAGGGGUAGAUGGACCAGCCCUGUCAUUGACACAGAUGGCAAAACCCAAGCCUCAGACUCAUGCUGGUCCCUCUUGUAUAGGGUCAGCCAAGCUGAUUCCCCAUGUAACAUCUGCCGUUGGCACAGAGCUAGACCCACAUGGUGUGUCUGCAUCCCCCUCUGUCAUGUCCAGACCAAUCGUCCAGAAGACUGCCAGGGUAUCUCUGGCUUCACCAAACAGAGGACCCCCUGGUGCCCAUGGCACCAAUCAGCAGGUGGCUAUGCAGAUGCCUGUGAGCACAUCCCAUCCUAACAAACAGAUCAGCAUCCCUUUGUCUGCCCUACAGCUGCCUGGACAGGAUGACCAAGUUGCUUCUGAAGAGUUCCUGCCCCAUCUGCCCAGCCAGGUCUCUUCCUGUGAGGUAGCUCUUUCUCCCUCAGUUAACACAGAGCCAGAAGUGAGUUCCAGUCAGCAGCAGCCCCCAGUCGCUCCAACCAUAACCACUGAGGCCACAGCACAGUGCAUACCAGACCAGGAUGAAAGAGCAGCUGAGCUCAGCAGGGAGCAGAAUGAGAAAACCAUCCGGAGCACGCAGACCGCGCUCCGCAAUUUCCGGGAGUUCCUCAUCUCCAAGUAUCCUUCUGAAACCAGAGAGAUUUAUGUCAUCCCUUGCAAGGAGUUGGAUGCCUACCUGGCCUCUUUCUUUGUGGAUGCCAGGCAGAAGGAUGGGUCCGAAUAUGAACCCAACAGCCUGGCCAAUUACCAGUGCGGACUUGAACGGUACCUAAAAGAACACAGAUACGGCUACAGUAUCACCAGGGAUAAGGAAUUCAAGCGUUCCCAAGAGGCCCUGAAGCAGAAACAGAUUGAACUCCGCUGCAAAGGAAAAGGAAAUAAGCCACACAAGUCCAUGAAGCUCACCUUCGCUGAUGAGCUCAUCCUGCGGAAAAGAGGACUCUUAAGCCGCUAUAAUCCCGAGGGUCUUCUCAACCUCGUCUGGCUCAACAACACAAAAGCUUUCGGGCACUGCACAGGCUUCCACGGAUCUACCUUGAAGUGGGGUGAUAUCCGGCUCCGGGUAACUGAGACAGGGCUGGAGUACUUAGAGUGGAUGGGCCAAGACACCGGUGACCUCAAUGCCAAAACCAAGCGAGGGGGGACGGACUCUCGUGUGUAUGCCACCCAGCACGCCCCCCAGACCUGCCCGGUCCAGGACUACAAGGAGUACGCCCAGCGGCGGCCUCCUGCCAUGCGCUACGAGGAUGCGCCGUUCUACCUGUCCAUCAAGCCAGUCGUGAACUUGGCAGCUCUGCACUGGUACAACUGCCAAGCCCUCGGCAAGAACAAGCUGGCCAAGAUGGUGAAGACCAUGUGUGAGAAGGGCAACAUCCCCGGCAGGAAAACCAACUUCAGUGUGUAUCAGAGCUGCAGCACCUUGUCCGAGGCCCAGAGCAACCAGCUGGUGCUUAUCUGUAACAACCUGAGCCAGCAGGCCGCCCAGUCAGUGGCCGGCCACUCCAACAGUGGCAAUUUCAUCGUCUCUGCCUCCUAUGACUCCUCCUCAGACACUGCUUGACCAGGUGGCUUGAGCAAGACCCCAGUCUGGUUACUGUGUCCAGAGAAACUGUGAUUAUACACUGCUUCUCGUUCCCUUUCCUCUGCCCUCAGUAUUAACUUUAUAAAAAUAUAAAUAUAUAAUAUAUUUUUUUUUUACAAAUAAGCCAAUGGAGAUAGUUUAGUAUCGCUAACAUAGUAUUUAUAGGCUUAACACAAAUGUACUUGUGGGUGAUUAGAUGUAAUUGCUGUUACAUACAGACUACAAAACCACAGUGGUUCUCAGGCAACACAAAGUAGAGAAGGAAUUCCGUUUUUUAAAGAACUGUCAGAAAAGUAACUGAAAGUCAUCCUAGACACUUGUGUCCUCAACUCCCGCUUUCCGUCCCACCCCACCUCUCAUUUUUAGUCUAGUUAAUAAAUGGCUUUAUUUUUUUAAUUUUUAAAAGUUUAUAUUAAUCAGGAGGAGACAAUAUUAACUCUACUGCUUACACAGAAUUGCAUUCAGUCAGAUCCAGAAUAUGAAAGUGUUGAUAUAAGCUCAGCAAAUUAUUUACAUACGUUUUUUUAGCUGAAUUAGAAUUUUAGCUCCUGUGCCUCAUUUUUUGUAAUGUCUGAAAAUCUAGAUGUUUAGCUAACAUCUUUUCUUUUGGGGGCAAUAAAGGUGCAAUUCUUUUUGGAAGAUAAUACAAUUUUUAAGUAAUAUGCAAAGUCCAAUAUUGUGGCAAAAGAGACUGUUAAUGGCUCAUUUUUACUGUUGUGCUUGAACCUGGAUAGAAUAUUUUUUUUGUUCCCUAAGAAAUCAGUUAAAAUGAAGUGUGAUUUUCAGAUUUACAAAACUACCAAAGCUUUGAAAAUGUUCCCAAGCAUUAGAUUGUAUAUCAGACAUAAGGAGAGAGUAGAGAGUGGGAGAGUCUUAUUAAAAAUCCAGAAGCUCUACUCAAGACAACAAAAGAGUCCUACUCUUCAAAGCCCAAAUCCCCUGAAUUAUUUAUUUAUAAGCAUUAAACUUCGGUCUCUUUUCCCUAGGAGAUUACUUGACUCUGUAGUUGAGAUCAAAAGAAUAUUGACACUCAUUUUGGGUAACAACAUUUUGUUACCAGAUUUAGCUGAAUUCAAAGCAUUCUUGAAAAUGUGCAGAGUUUCUUUUACAGUAAAUAUAAAUUUAUCUACGAUACCCUGCAAUUAUAAUAAUAAUAAUUUUGGUUAAGCAACUCUUUGUGGUGGUUUUUCCAAGGUCUUUAUUUUCAAGUCUUGAAGCCUGUGGUGUAUUUUUAGUUAAGAUCCUUCGAUAACAACACAAAUUUAGACAUUAAGAUGACAAUAAAGUUGAGCUAGGUUCCUAUCCUGUAGAAUCAUUGACACAUUAAAAAUUGCAAAUCUUAAUUGCUUUAUUGGAUUCUAUUGGGAAGUAUUUGUUCUUCAAGGCAACCUGAUGAUUCACAUUAGCUGGGAGGGUAGGUGAUAUUUUGUGUAUUAAUUUAUUGUAUGAUCAGGACAAACUUCAUUUUUUGUUUUUCAAACUUCAUUUUGAUUUGCUUUGCUUAACUCAUCACAUUAGCUGAGCUUUCCAUGGCUAGGCAGCUUUUCCCAACACUAAGUCAUAAAGACCCGUUCUUCUAAACUGUGACCUUUCCUUUGGCUCAGGAAUAGAAAGUCUGCCAUGGACUUUGUGUGGUGGAAUCUACUUUGUACUUCAGGACUUUUCCUCCAUGGGGAGGCAUCCAGAAACAAGACAAAAGGGUGGAAGAUAUCUUGCUUUAUUUUUUUGUAUUAAUAAUGAUGAUAGCCACCAUUUUCUGAGCUAGUGUGUGUGCCAGCACUGUGCCAAGUGACUUAUUACAUGCACCAUUUAUGUAAUAGUUACUAACUGUAUGAAAAUUAGUAAAUUCAGAUAAGCAUAAGGAAAAUGAAAUAUAUACUCCUAAUUCUGCUGGCCGAAAUAGCCACUGUUACUAUUUUGGUAAAUAUUUCUUCAGACAUUUCAAUACAUACAUAUUUAUUUCUCUCUAUAUUAUCUUUAAUCCUUUCCAUCCUCGAAGAGAUUAGUUAUCUCCAUUUUAUGUUGAGAUCAAGGCAAAUCAGUUGGAUUAUAGCUAAGGAAAUGGUACUGUCAUCUGACUGCGGAGUCUUUUUCUAUUUAUCUUCCUUGUUUCCAACUCCUAGUCUGUUUCCAGUGAUUUGAGCCAGGAAUGGGGACACAGUGUCUUCCCAUCUCUCCUGUCUGAUUAAAAGGAAUGCUGAGUGAUCAUUCAUGAUGGCACACUGUGUGCCCUAGUGCCCCCUCUUCUGUUCAUUUUGAACGACAGGGCCUCUUUCUCCACACUCUCUUUACAAAACUCUCCUUAUUCUAUACUUGGUUUGUAAGUGCAUAGGACAGCCUACUGUAAAAGAAUUCUUUUUUAAAAAAUAAGGUUGUUUUUAAUGGGUUACCUCUCAUGUUUAAAAAAAGGUUUUCUGUGAAACACUUAAAGUGCGAUUGUGCAUUUAAUUUUUGCAUUGACAUACUUUUUAAAAUUCUUAAUAUGUUUUUGACAGCAAAGUAAGAUUGUCAUGAGGAAGAAGGGCAGUCAGCAUGUACCAAGAAAGCUGAACUAGGAGAUUUUGCAUCCCUGUUGUGUUUGUUGAGAUACUACUAAAAUGAGUCUCUCUCUGAUUUCAUCCUAUUGCAUCUUCAUUCAGAAGAACACAGUUAAAUUGAGAAUGUGAAUUACUUUUUAUUUAUUUAUAUUUUGCUUUGAUAACACAGACCAAAUAGGAACAUUGUAAGCUAGAUUUAGAAAACUUUUCUGAAGAACAACUUGGUAAAAGUUUAGCUGAAUUGUAGUAUCUCUUUGGAUUAAUGAAAUUACGAAAAAUUAUCUGCAACUACCUCUAAAUUUUGUGUUUUUAUAUAAACAAUACUGAAGAUAUGCUACUGCCAGAUGCCAUUUUUAUUAUUUGUUAUUUUAACUUAAAAAAAUUAGGUUCAUACUGUGGCAGUGGUACAUGCCAAAAUAUCACGUAUGUAUUUUAGUGAAAAUUCACAGUCUGGCAGGUUUUUACUACAACUAAAUAUGCUGCCUUUCCAGGCAAUCGUGUGGUUCAUACAAAAAACAAUAAAACCGUAUUUGCAAAGUUUACACUUUUAGGUCAGUGUAACGUUAUGCAAGAAAGAGACAGCGCCCUCAGUUUCUCUGGAAGGCAGUACAAAACUGUCUACAACAAAAAUGUCAAACCCAUCUGUCAGCAUUUGAAAGACAUAGCUGCAAAAUUCAAUUUUUCUUCUGAGUGACUGGCUGUUGAAAAGCCAUGGAUGGUAGCAGUUUUUCUUUAAAAAACCCAUAACAUCUGAAAAGGUUAGAAAUAUUCAGGAUGUUUAUCCAACAGAGCUUAUUCUUAAAACUCUAUAUCUUAUCAUGGUUAGUAGGGGUAGUCUAAAUAUGAUUUGUAAUACACCGGCUACUUAACAUAUUUGGUUUUUUAUAGAUUAUUUUCCCUGUGUUAAAUUUAUGUUAAUUCACUUUUCCCUAUGUUAAAUUACUUCCUGAUGCACAAAAGAAUAGUCUGAAAAUUACCUAGUGUAGAUGAAGUCUCUUUGGUUUUCCAGUUAGGUCAUUGUUAGCUGAAACUUCCAUCACAUUAAUUUGUCUAAGUCAUAUGGUUUAGCUUUUAGAUGUCAUGAAAUCAAAUGACUUCACUGAGAUGAGAAUUUAUAGUGAUAUCAACAAAUAUUUGACCACCUAUUGUCUAGACACUGGGAUACAAAUAUGUAUAAAAUAGUCCCUACCCUCAAAGAAUUUAUAAAAGAUGCUGUAAUAAAAGUUUCAUUUCAUUUCAAAAACAUCUGCCAAUACCAUUUUGCAUCUUUUCCCAAACUUUGUACUCACGCAGUUUGUCUAUUCAGCCAUUGAGUAUGUUGAUUUGCUGUGGAAUAUGUAAUGCUGCUUUGAGUAUUUUGAGGAGAAUCUUCCUUUGGGCCUGUUUUAAAAUCAGUAUGAAGGCAAAGCCAUUCCUACACCAUCCAUUGUGUUCACAUAGGUGCACACAUGUAUAAGAAGGUGUAGACUGUCAUCAAUGACUGUCAUUUACUGAAUACUUACAAUGUGUUGGAGUACUAAGUACUUCUGUGAGUUGUUUCACUUAACUCUCACAGUAAUCCUGAGGGUAAGUAUGACUGUUUCUCCUUUAUAGAUGAGGAAAUCCAGGGUCAGAAGGGUUGCCCAUAUCACAGCUAAUAUAUAAGAGCAUCAGGAUCUGAAACCAGAUCCAGAUACUAUGAAGUAUCGUCCUUUUCUGCUGUAGCUGCUUGUUCAAAGUAAUUUGCUCUGCUUUUUUUCAGAUUCUCUGAAGUGAUAAAUUAUAAAUGAAAUCCCUGGUGUAAUAAAAUCAUCAAUAUUCAUUAACUCCAAAUUGAGAGCAGUGCCAUCACCUGGCAUAUUUGUUUCUCUGGCCAAAAUAUAGCUGUAAUACUAACAUCUAUCAGUAAAAACUCUACUAUGUGAUAAAGUAAAUACAUUUCUAAGACUAAAGGAGGAGUCCAGGGGAGUGUAUGAUCAUUUAUUGCAGGAAGCUAAUUUUUAAAAGGUUCCUUUAUGAAAAAAUGUUAUAAAUACUAAAGAAUUAACAAGUUAUCUAUCAAUUAGUUUAAUAGAUUUUUUUUCUCAAAUAGAAUUACCUUUAUAUCAGAUGUUGGCAUAUUACCAUAUAUAGGUACAGAUAGUUGCUUAUUAAGAAACACACCAUUGGCAAAGACCCCCUCAACUGUGUUUUGUUUUUCCCUUAAUGCCUGGUAUUCAACAUUGCUUCUCCUCCCCACUUGGAUCUGGCUGUGAUGAAAUGGAUGUAUAGCUUUUCAUGAGGCAAAGUUAUGAAGAUAGGGUGAUUUUAAGAGAUCCUUGCCAUAGACUAUAACUGGGACACAGAAAUACACUGCAUAUAUCAUCAUGGUAUAUUUCUACUGAUAUAAAAACGGGAUGAUACUGGCAAAUGGGAAAAGUGAUGAUAUUGGCAAACUGCCAACAACUCUAAUUUCACUUCUAAUUAGAGAAAAGAAAAAUAAUUAAAAUUUCUCAUGCUUCAUCCUAUUUGUAAAUUGAUCGAUUGGGCCUGCCAGAGUUGAGGGGAACACCUGAUUUGGUAUUAAAGAUUGCAUUAUUUUUUAAAAGACAGCAUUUUAAUACAUUUAAAUUGAGUUGUUAUAUAAACCAUGACUUUGUUGAAUUACACUCAGUAUUAAUUAAGUCAGUGCUAAUUUGAUCAGAAUAUUAAUUAGGUCAGAAUAUUAAUGUAAACCAUCAUCUUUGCUGAAUUAUAAUCAUAGAGACUGACCUGGAAAGGACCCAAGAGAUCCUCUAGCCCAAUGCUCUUCAGUGCUAUGAGGAAUAAGAGUCACCAUGUCUUCUUGCGGGUAGGGAGCAAGGAGGGCAAAGAGAUAGAGAUUGCUAAGGGAAUCCUCAAGUACUGAUUCCCCAGGAAUUCUCAUGUCCCCUAUGUCCUACCUUCUUUGAAAGUCAGCUGAUUGAAUGAACCUCUAUGACACAUCCUACACAUGGAGGUUGGAAAAUAAGAUUGGAAACAUCUAACCCACCCCUUUUUUUUAUAGAAGAGAGAAACCGCCUCAGAGACAUUAAUGAGCGCUCAGGUACACAUACCUCGUUAGAGUCUGAACCAGAACUAGAACCCAAGCACCCUGACUUCUAGUCCCCAGGUCAGAGCUGAGGGAGGUGAAACAACCCUACAUUUCCAUUGAGUUAGGGUAUGCUUUUUUUGUUUUCAAAAUUGUUGUGUUUUAAGCCCUCAAUCAGGUUUCUACUAGGAAUAGACUCAAGCUGCCAGUUUCCAAAUAGGUUAUUUUUGCAUGUAGAAUUUUUGCUUUUCAUUGUAUACUGUUAACAUCUUGAUUUUAGCAACUUCUCCUUUUAAAUUUGAUGGAAUAAUCUCUAAAUAUAAUCAUUUGCCUUUUUGAAAGAACAUCUCUCAGCUUACCCCAUUCAUAGUUAGUUUUCAUUUACAGAGGGAAAACUAAGGCUUUCAAGGAUAUGAAUUCCAGUUGUAGAUUAUGAACUAAAAAGUAACUUUUUGUUGAGUGUGGUAUUCAUUUGUGUAUCCAGCUACAUAGUAUUUAUAUUACUAGUUUUGAGUGGAGUCUAUAGUAUCCUUUUUUACUCUAUGGAAGGGUUAAAAUAUCAUAUUAAAGGGGUUUGGGACAUAUCUUUAAUCAAAGGAUCAAACUUGUAUCAACAUAAUUGAGAUGUUUCUGAAGUGAACUUAGUUAUAGGGAGGAAAAAGAAAAUGGGAACUAAUGGAAGAUGUUGAAAUACAAAGUAUUUGUAAAUUCUGUUAUCCUGCUUGGUCUUCUGAAGGGGAAUUCAAGCAUAAAUAUGAAAAGUUUUCACAAAUUUUUAUUUUACAAAUUAUAUUUACCAGAUUAUAGUUGAAGGGAAAAAAGAUGAAAUUCUAGGAUUUUUUUUAAAGUAUGGUGGAAUUGUCUUUUGAAUGCAAUGUUGAAUUUUGGUAGACUUCUGAUGUUCUUUGUAUUACACUGGAACUAGAGAGUAUUUUUACCAUAGUACAUUCAUUUCAAAGAGCUUUGAAAAUGCUUUGGCAUAGUUUAUUUAUUUGUGGUAAGUAGAAUUAGGAAGACAUCAGCAAUAUAGAAUCCGAACAGUAGUUGUGCAUACUAUAUUUAAGUGAUUUUUAUGCCUGUUUACUUUCUGUAAUUCUUACAUUUUAUAAAUCAAAUACCUUAGUAUACUUCCACUAGAAAUUAAUUUAUAAUUGAUUAUUUAUACUGGGUGAAGUAGCAGGUCCAUUUUAGUAUUAAUCCACUCAGAUUAACUUUAUCUAACUGAAUUUUUAUAUCUACAAUUCAUUAUAUUACAACUUUUUAAAUAGCAUUUAUAACAAAAGAACUUUUGUUUUAUAAAAGUAUUUGUUACAAAAAAAAAAACCAUCUUGCCAAAAACCAUUACAAUUUCUAUGCAUUGUGUAAUAUUCAGUGAUGUCACUGUUGAGACUUGCAUGUUGGUGUAGGUGCUGUUUCAUAUCUGUGUUUGUGGUGUUUAUGUGGAGUUGUUAACCAUUGCUGCUAUCACUUAUUGUAGUUAAACUGAAAAACUGUGCUAAGAGGCUGUGCCAGUCAACAUUUGUAUGUGUAACUUGUGAAAGUAUGUACUUAGUUGUUUAAUAUUUUGAGCCAGCACUUAGUGGCCUCUACAGAAGGAAAUAUUGUAGUUGUCAAGUGGUGCCAACUUCAGAAUCUCAUUUCACAUGUGUAAUUCCAGGUCAGAUUUUCUUCCAUACUUUCCCCAACUCUUUGAAAGGAAAUGUUUGCAAAAAGAGAAAGCAAGAAUUCUUAACUUUUCCAGUACUCCCCCCAGUUCAAAUCUUUUUUUUGUGUGUUGUUUUUUGUUCUCCUGAUACUUGAACACCUUACAAGGAAAUCCAAUAGAAUGACAAUGUAGCAGCAUAAUUACCUUUAUCUGGUUAUCUGUAUCCAGGUAAAUGAUGUAAUAACAGGACUGUGAGGUACCUACAUUAUUUUUGUUGGUUAUCAUGACUUGUUUAAAGUGCAUUUUAUAAGAAUAUUUAUCUUUUUAAAUUUAUUAGGGACUGUAGAAACCUCAGAGUUCCCAAAUAUUAAUUUUUAUAUUCAGCAUUCACAUGGGCUUUUUUAACAUUUAUUUGCCUUAUGACCAUCAAUUUUUCCAUACCCACCUGUCUUUAGUUUGGUUCCUGGUACUUCCAUCUUGCCUCAGCAAUUUGAAACGCACUCUGAAAGUAAAGAAAAAUUAUUUCAGUGAAUGAAUUCUAUAUUUUGUUAAAAUUCCACAUGGAAGAAAUAUCGUUAUACAUUUAUACUCUUAAAAUGGAAGGGAAGCUAUCUUAAAAUGUUAAGAAAAGAAGGCUACUUCAUUAAGAGUGUUUGAAUAUUGACACACCAAAAUUCCUUGCUUAGUGCAGGGUUUCAUUCUGUCUGUCCAAUGGGUUUAUAAUUAUGAGAUUCCUUUAAUAAAGGGAUAAUCCCCUGAAUUAUAGAGAGGCUUUUUGUGUGACUGUCAGAUACAUGGCGACAGCCAAUGCUGUAUUUGGAAACAUUGCUGCUGAAAUUGCUGAUUUAAUUCUAAGAAUAUUAAAACUAAUUCAUCAAGGCCCCUGCCACUUCUUUGCUUAAAGGAAAAGAAAGGCAGAUUUUAAUUGUGAGCCUUUUCUCCAAAAUAUGCUUUAAACAUUUACCCCUCAAUGAAGGUGAUAAAGCAAUAAAAGGAAACUCAAUUAUGUACGUUCUAAAGAAGUUCUGCUCUUGUCCAGUGGCCUCCAGAGCGACACUAAAGUAUUUCUUGAUUCCUGCAUUGGGGGUUUUCAAGCAAAGCCUUUAUACGUAGAAUUUCUUCUGUAUUUUGGACACCAAAGAUUAUGGCAUGAUAUAUCCUGAUGAUUAACAGUUUCUAUUAGAUAGCUGUGGGCACAUUUAUUUGAAUCCUGCUCUUGAAUUUUUUUUUUACCCACUUUGGUUCUUCUGUACGUUUUCUAUGUCUGUCCUGAGGCCGUUAUGCCCAAGGUAACUUUUAUAUUAAAUAAUGCAUAUAUAUUUGUUAGGUUUCUAAUUUAUAGAGUUUAUUUCCAUCAUGACUUUAAACUUUUUUCACUGCUAAAAUUAGACAUAGAUUUGUCAGAUUAGCCCCAUGAUGAGCCAUAGCUCGUACCUUUUUCGUUGUAAUCUGGAAACGUAACUGUAACCCCAUAGGCCUGAAACCUGGUAAGAGAAUGACUGGAAACAUUUUGGAUUCAACGGAAUCACUUAAAUGACUCUCUUGUCUGUUAAAAUGAAGAACUUUGGUUGUUUAGUAGAAUGAAUCUAUAUUCAACUUAAACAAGGUCUUCCAUCUUAUGAAUUAUAAGAAUAAUUUUAAGAUUUCUUUUACUCUACCACUUACAAGUUAAUUGGGAAUUAAAAGGUAGAUUUAUCAGUUUAUUCAGUAUAAUUUAGCACCAGGCAUUUGUUUAAAACAAAUAUAACCACUACACUUAAUACUUAGAAAACUUCUAUGAAAAAAUGGUACUGUUCUUUGAAGAUGCAUUCACUUGCCCCCACCCCCACCCCCAUUUGUUUGGUAAACUGUCAUUUUUUAUAUAUUUUCUGGCCACUUGGCUUUUAACUGAUUUAUGUGAAAACACAUUUGUGCCUGAUGUUCACUCUAAUCAUAUUUUAAAAUUCUCUUUUUAAACUGCUACAAUUAUAAUUUGUGAAAGAGGAGAAAGGUGAAUUGAAAUGGAGGGAAGUUUCUGUUAAUACAACAUUACGAUGUGUGACUGUGAUGCUCUUGGUUAAUUAAUCCUCUGCCAGUUGAUAUUUGUAUUAAUAUGAUAGAACUUUUUUGUUAAUAAGAAUAUACUAUUGGCUUCAUUUUUAUUUUGCUGCUCACUGCUUUUCACACUAAAGUGUUUUCAUUUUUUUCAGCUCACUGUUUUUGCUUCAUAUUUGUCUGUGUACUUGUGCGCUAAAUAAAAUUCUAGUUUUAUGUCCCA